ACUUCUCCGAACGGCAACAUUCUAUAUGGGGCUGUCUGAUUAAAAGGCCCAUACAAUACUACAUGCAGGGAUAAAAUUCUUUAUGCAUAUAAUGCUUUGUUUACCCCGUAUAAACACACAUCCAGGAGAAGUGAAUGGCCGGGGACCACAUGUUAAAAGGUGUCUACACCAACUGAAAUUUCUUCAUAUUUGAUUUAGGAAUCAAAGCGACAACACCUAUUGCUUAUCAUCGGAACGAGAUGAAGAGCUAACCCGAAGAACCCCGUGGAAAGUUGUUGACCGAUCAAACCUUAAAGACCUUGCACUGCUGAAAACGUGUCAAAGGAAAACCAGCAGACUCAAGAAAGGAAACAAUCACAUGCAUUGUUUCGAUUAAGAGAAACAUUUCAUCUUUCCAAUUAGAUUAACAGGUGCGGCGACCCAAUCUCGUGCCCUUGUCUAUGAUUAUGAUUGCUUUUUCAACUUUUCAUUUGCCUAAAUAAUCGGGAGUAGUAUAGUUGACAGGACGUGUCCCUGGAGUACACACCGACAUUUUUUAUUACUAACCCACUACACACAUUUGCAUAAGCCAAAACUCACGCACAGUAAUUUGGUCGCUAAAAACUGAAGAGGAUCUUUCUGAAAGCGGUCCAGACUUCGAGAUGGAUGACUAUACCGAAAUGAUGAUGGUGACCAACUAUAGCAAUGCCACUCCUGGUCCAGUCUUACCGGCCUGUUGGCCAGUCCUUGUUGACCCUACGACAUCAGAACUUCUGAAUACGAUAGGCGGGGACCCCAAAUUUCUUGGGGUGAUGGGGACAGCCAUUGCCCUGACUGUUUUCAAUGUCGGCAUGUACCUCGAGACUCUAUGGUUUCUUUGCAGAAAGAUACCAAGCAGAAGAAAAAUACAGCUCUCAUUCAUCAUGGGUAUAUAUCCAGUAUUCUCAGUUACUUCUCUUCUAGCUAUGUUCAUCCCAAGAGCUUCGAUUAUUACAGGGUUCACAGCUCAUGUAUACUUUUCUUUGGCGCUUGUUCAGUUCAUUAUGUUGUUGACUGGUUACUAUGGUGAUAAAGAUAAGAUGUUAAGGAUAUUAGAUGGUACAAUUAUUCCACUGGCCACGCCACCGCUCUCUAUGUUCUGUGUGUGCUGUCUACCAAAAGUUCCAAUUAAUAAGUUUACGCUUCCCAAAUUCGUGAAGUUAAUUCGUGGUUUGGUGCUUCAGGUUGCCAUCAUCAAACCUCUUUUCUACUUUCUUGGUGCUAUCUUAUGGCUCAAUGGAUCAUUCAUUCCAGGCGAUUUUUCAAGUUCUGGAACCUACUUGUGGUUCAACGUCAUCUAUAUUGUCUCGACACUCUUCGCUCUCAACGGCAUCAUCAUCUUCUACAGGUUGUCAAAUGAACCGCUCAAGGAAUACCACCUUACGCCGAAAUUCUUCACCGUCCAGCUCACCCUCAUUCUCACAAACGUCCAGUCUUUCACCAUUGGUAUCUGCGCCAUCACAGGGGGUAUCGCCUGUAAGCCACCCUUCCAUCCGGGCUUGAGGGCGCUGUACAUCGAUAGUUUACUCAAUAUCAUCGAGAUGUUUCUCUUCAACAUCUUCGCUACCGUCUGGUACCGGAGAAUGAAAGGCAACAUGGGUCGUGACCAACUCCUUGAAAGGCGCGACUACGCCAGACUAAGCCAGAACUCAUACCGUCAAGAUGCAGCCAAACAGAUCGCUCUGGGUGACGAAAACGACAACAAGACCGAUCUCGCUCUUUACAAACCAGACGUCGGGAGGAAUACCACACAAAAUGGCGGCUCGUCUGUUCACCUGGAGGGAGAUAAUCCAUGGCAUCAGUUUGGCAGUGAGCAUGAAAGCGAGCAGAAGCAGCCGUUUCUUCAUGUGGUUGCAAACCAGCCGAAUGGAAGUGUUGCAUGUAAGGUGACCAAUGAAACUUCUCAACAGCAACCAUCACCGCGAAAUAACUUUCAGGAAGAGACUGUCGAAAGAGGCUCAAUCAAGUCAGGGUCAAUUCCGUGGAGUGGUUCUGGGUCAGACAGGGAGACGGAUGUCUAGGAUCGGAAUUACAAAUCCACCGGUUCAAAUCCCACACAGGACUUUAUGCAAUCACUUUCUUUGACGCCGAGAUGUUUCAGAAUACUUUUGCCAUCGCCGAAACAGCAUUAAUCGUCUCUUGAGCUCGUCGUGCUUGCUAAUCAACACAUUAAAAACUUGAUGAUUCUUAUGCAAACUUUUUUCGUUUCCAUAUGUUUGAGGAAACUGCUCUCCAAAAUUCAGCUCUUAUCAAGGACGUAAAAUCUUCCUUUUGUUUACGUUACCGGACCUUACAGCUUAAUAAAGUUCCCGCUCUUACACAGCAAAAUGGCAAAUGUUUGUAUAUUUAUUAACAUUCAGAUUAUUUUAUGCUAUCUAUACCAAAAUUCACUUUUAUAUCCUAUCAUAAGUAGUGUUUUUUACAUUUUGUAAUUUUGAAAAUGUUUUUGGCAGAUGACUAGCAUUCAUUACUGACGAUGGAAUGAAAGACAUCUAUAAAUAUAAUUAUAUUGAAACAGUUGACAUAGUCCUGAACCCGUUUUCAGCUUUUAUAUGAGAAAAUGGUUUGAUUGAUAAUUUAUUAUAUAUAAUGCCAAUCUCUGCAUAUGAAAUGGUAAAUUUUAAAUUGACCAUUAAAAUUUAGAAAAAUGUAGUUUUUGUACUUUCACAUUCCUUACUGUUAUUUUUCACAGAUAUACUGACCAAAAUGUUAUGAUAUUUUACAGACAUUAAUAUCCGCAUCACAUCGAAUUCUUUCAUGUAUAUGAUGUAAGAGAGAUAGCGCUUGUUCAUGGUUGUGGAUCUUUUGAAGAGGCUUGGUACCCGUGUUAUGCAGUAGAGUAUUUAUGUUAGAAUAUCACCUGGUAUUUAUCAUCACUUUUCUGAUGGAAUCAGUAUUGCUUGCGCGAUUUGUGUAAGGAGGCUUACUAUAAUGAUGAAAAUAUUUCAAGAAUCGAUUUAACAGCGGUAAGAUGUCAACCUGAGUAAGUGAUUCGAAAUCCUUUUUGUGAAAGUUUUCGAAAAAUUAUUGAAUUUGAUUUAACUUGAUUUCAAAUCUUUAAAUUUCUCCUAAACAUUACUGUUAUACUAAAAGAGGGUGAUAAAGGGAAUAUUGACAACCUGAACUUAGAGGAUCUCGAAGCAAAAUACAUGUACAUUUUGGUUUGCAUGGAAUGUGGAUGACGUACCUUAAUACACAGCUAUUGUUUUAAGUGCCUUAUACGUCUCUUUAUAUCCAUAUCAAUUUUGAAAUAAUCCAUAUGCCGUUCAAAUAUGAUUGAUUAAUUAAGUUAUAUGAUUUUCCAGGUAUAACAAAUACAAAUAUAAUAUUUAGGGCAUCAAAAUAUAUUAUCAGAAUAGAUAAUUCUACGACAAAAUUUGAAUAUUACAUCAAGACGUUAAAUCCAGGGUAAAAAUGGCAUAAGCGCCUUGAGCACUUUGCAAAGUAGAUACGUGCUCUACAUAUUAAUUUCCAUUAUUAUUGUCAAUGAUAUUCAUCAUGGAUAAAGUCGUUAAUAAAUUAUUUCCUAUCUAGACUGACAGUUUAGAAAUUUUCAUCAGCUCGUCAUCAUUAAUGAUAAAACACACCUGAACAGAUCAAAUAAAUUCAAUGAUUGUUAUACUACAA